CAGCGGCGGGCGCAGCACGUCGGAUAGGCAGCGGCAGGUAUUCUGGGAGUCGGGUCGUCGUCGUUCGGGCGCGUACAAGGAGCAGCAGCAGGACAGGCGGCUCUCGAGCGCAGAACGACGUCUUUUGUCGUCAAUGAUGGUGUUGAGCGAGCAGGAGGAGCGUCGGUAGGGACUGGAGGGUAGUCAUGGCAUGGGUGAGCGCUGGCCUGGGGGCAAGUGCGACGCUCUGCGCUUACCGCUUUCGUAACCAGCUUGCGCGGCCAGCGUGCGUGGGCUCCCACUCAUACUAUCGCAACCUCGACAUGGACACACGGCCAGCCCAGUCUCGCAGCAGCAGCAGCAGCAGCAGCCGUAACGGGACUUGUUGCUACUACACUGCGCGCGUGCAGUCUGGGAUGGAUGGCAUACCCUAUUUGUUGCAGCCAUGCGCUUUUGAUGGCAGGUCAUGGCCGACAGGAAACCGCUUUCGCGCCCCCUCCAACGCAGGGGCGCGCCGCUAAGCGUGUCGUCUCUCUCUACCCACACUACCCAAGAUUCGCGCGCCAGCUUGCGCAAUCUGUUAAUGGGAACCAGCAGCCCGCAUUGGC